AUGCAAGUAGCUGAGAUCCUCUCCGAUCUGACAUCCCUACGCGUCUGUGACCACCAUGACGCCCUCGCUCUCGUUACCGUUAAUGAGCGAAUACCCCAAACCACAGACCAACUAAACCCCAAAGCAACAAACACAACCCCAUCAGGCUCUGGAAUAGAUUCAGGCAGCUACGGAAACGAGGAUCUCCGUCGCGCAAAAGAACUCGUCGACUUGCACUAUGAGUUCAAAGCCCGUCAUGCGCUAGGCACGGUUGAUGAGGAGCUCUCGCGUGCCAGGGAAGAAGUAGCCCGAGUUUUAAGCGAACUUAGCUAGUUAGGGAAAGUACUACUACCUUGGUUCUGGGCUGUUUGCGAAUUCUUUACUUUUUCUCUUAUGCAUAUGGAUGUUUUAUUCGGGCUGGCGUUAUC